AGAAUGGUCUUGGGAUUCGGGUCUGCCGCGUUCAGUUUCUUUUUGCAAGGCAUUCAUAGUGAAACACGGCUCGGAAAGAAUAAAACCCGAAUGCUUUCUUCUUCUGGUCGUUUUUGUUCCACCAUUUUCUAUCCUUUUUAAUCCCUCUGAUGUCCACUUCGACUUACCUUUCUAUCCUCAUUCCUUCGAAAAUCUUUUCUCAUCGCAAAUACCGCUCUUCUCCGCUGAUACAGAUCCGCAAUGGCUGACGUCGAGUUCUCAGAACGAUAUCAUCUUGUUGUAAAACAUCAUGGCGCCGAGUUACUCUUUCUUCACGACCGGUUACAGGACCAGCCAUGGCUGCAUCUGCGUCUUCCGACUGACGAUCAAACUCCUCAAUCGCUCAUUGUCAUAACAGGUAUCCUUUGCCUUUCCGAUCUCAUUCGCGGCAUAGACGAAGGAUAUUUUGACUGUCUUCGCCACGAACUUCACGAUUACGAACAAUAUCAUGCACCACCGUCUCUGCAGAUUAUCCAAGGAAAUCUCAUGCUUGGCUUGUGUCAGAUGUGCAAAGCCCAAUUCAAGCAAAGCCACUUGAGGAUUGCCAGGGCUACGAACCUCGCUCGAGUUCUGAACCUGGACAAUCCUGAAUCUAUGGACAACACGAUAGACCCCAUGGAGGCCCGGCUCACAUUCUUUACCUGCGUCAUCCUGGAGAGAAUGGUUACAGCAAUAUCGGCUCCACCUAUGGUUGUGCUUGACCGAAUACAGGUCCCUUGGCCAUGUUCUCGUGAGAAUAUACGCCGUGGAACCGAUACUGAAAAACCAGAUCCUCUUCUUCGGAUAUACAUCAAAGCUCUCGAGUGGUUUUCCUUGCUUAUGCAGCACAAAAGUUCAGCGCAUGAUCACCUCCGCAAAGAGUGCGAUUCGAAGUUCACCGAGCCUGAGCUGGCCGCAUGCAAGGAGGGACGGACCAACCCAGACCUAGCGCGAAGGAUAUCCGUGGUGCUCCACUUCUGCUUGUUCCAAAGACGCAGAGAGGAAAAGAGGAUCACAGAAUUUCUUGAAGAACUCGAGGCAUAUAGUGACACAGAUCUCAGCAGAAUACUUGAGGCGCCAUUCUUUGCCUGGUGUGUCAAAGAAAUGAUGGUGGUUGCCCAGGAAUUCAAGCAUGAUCUGUCUAACGCUUGCCCCAAACUCGAAAGCAGGGUUGUCCCGAUGAUGGAUAGAUUGCACAUAAUACGCAGCCAUAGAGCUUAUCCUGAUGGGCUUGUCAGGAUAAAGAGCGAGAGUGGUCUUGUUAUGGAAGGCAUUUCAAAAAGCAGGACACUGGCAUGGUAUGGCAUGAUCUUUGGGUACGCAUGGCAGGUGAUUGCGGUGGGACUCGCAGUGGCAGUGGCAGUGGCAGUGGCAUUCUGCUGCUGCUGCACAAUGAGGUUGUUUGCUCUCCCUCCCUUCUCCAGCUGAGCGUGCGAGGCGAAAUCAAGGGACAAGGAGGUCUACUCGAAGGUAUGAUGCAUUCAUUAUCUACGAAGAGUUCAAGAGUUCGUAAGGAAUCUCCAGAGUAUAAGUGAGCCGGAUCCUUCUCCCAGGUAUUUUCAUGUUUUUUCAACUCGUCAAAUAGCUAAGUGUGUACUCACAACGAUCAUAAUACCUUCAGCACUUGCUUCAACGGUCUUGUCAUCGCUAUCUCGUGUAUCUA